CUGUCAAGAUGGCGGAUAAUCUACCUUCGGAGUUUGAUGUGGUCGUAAUAGGGACGGGUUUGCCUGAAUCCAUCAUUGCGGCUGCAUGUUCAAGAAGUGGCCAGAGGGUUCUGCAUGUUGAUUCAAGAAGCUACUAUGGAGGAAACUGGGCCAGUUUUAGCUUUUCAGGACUGUUGUCCUGGCUAAAGGAACACCAGGAAAACAGUGAUAUUGUAAAUGAAUGCCCUCCGUGGCAAGAGAAGAUCCUUGAAAAUGAAGAAGCUAUUUCUCUUAGCAGGAAGGACAAAACCAUUCAACAUGUGGAAGUGUUUUGUUAUGCCAGUCAGGAUUUGCAUGAAGAUGUCGAAGAAGCUGGUGCACUGCAGAAAAAUCACGCUUCUGUGACAUCUGCGAACUCCACAGAAGCUGCAGAUUCUGCCUGCCUGCCUACAGAAGAUCAGUCAUUAAGUACUGCAAGCUGUGAAAUACCCACAGAACAAACUCCAAGCAGUGAUCCAGAGAGUGCCCUAGAAGUAAAUGAUUUUGAAGCGACAGGGGAGAAAGAAAGCCAUUGUGAUGAUAAAACUUGUGUGCCCUCAACUUCAGAAAAGGAAACAAGUGAAAAUGUGCCUAUGGCCGAAAACACCGCAGAGCAACCAAAGAAAAAUAGGAUUACUUACUCGCAAAUUAUUAAAGAAGGCAGGAGAUUUAAUAUUGAUUUGGUAUCAAAGCUGUUGUAUUCUCGAGGAUUGCUAAUUGAUCUUCUAAUCAAAUCUAAUGUUAGUCGAUAUGCAGAGUUCAAAAAUAUUACCAGGAUUCUUGCAUUUCGAGAAGGAAGAGUGGAACAGGUUCCUUGCUCCAGAGCAGAUGUCUUUAAUAGCAAACAACUUACUAUGGUAGAAAAGCGAAUGCUAAUGAAGUUUCUCACAUUUUGUAUGGAGUAUGAGGAACAUCCUGAUGAAUAUAAAGCCUAUGAGGAAAUUACAUUUUCUGAAUAUUUAAAAACUCAGAAAUUGACCCCCAACCUCCAAUAUUUUGUCCUACAUUCAAUUGCAAUGACAUCAGAGACAGCCAGCAGUACUAUAGAUGGUCUCAGAGCUACCAAAAACUUUCUUCACUGUCUUGGGCGUUAUGGCAACACUCCAUUUUUGUUUCCUUUAUAUGGCCAAGGAGAACUCCCUCAGUGUUUCUGCAGGAUGUGUGCAGUGUUUGGUGGAAUCUAUUGUCUUCGCCAUUUGGUACAGUGCCUUGUCGUGGACAAAGAAUCUGGAAAAUGUAAAGCAAUCAUAGAUCAGUUUGGUCAGAGAAUAAUCUCUAAGCAUUUCCUUGUGGAAGACAGUUACUUUUCUGAGAACACAUGCUCGCAUGUGCAAUACAGGCAGAUCUCCAGGGCAGUCUUGAUUACGGAUAGGUCUGUACUAAAAACAGAUUCAGAUCAACAGAUUUCCAUUUUGACAGUGCCAGCAGAAGAACCAGGAGCUUUUGCUGUUCGGGUCAUUGAGUUAUGUUCCUCAACAAUGACAUGCAUGAAAGGCACAUAUUUGGUUCAUUUGACUUGUACAUCUUCUAAAACAGCAAGAGAAGAUUUAGAACCAGUUGUGCAGAAAUUGUUUACUCCAUAUACCGAAAAGGAGAUAGAAAAUGAAGAAGUUGAAAAGCCAAGACUUCUGUGGGCUCUUUACUUCAAUAUGAGAGAUUCUUCAGACGUCAGCAGGAACUCUUAUAAUGAUUUACCAUCCAACGUUUAUGUCUGCUCUGGCCCAGACUGUGCUUUAGGAAAUGAUAAUGCAGUCAAACAGGCUGAAGCACUUUUCCAACAAAUCUGCCCCAACGAAGACUUCUGUCCACCCCCACCAAAUCCUGAAGACAUUAUCCUUGAUGGAGACAGUUUACAACCAGAGGCUUCAGAAUCCAGUGCUAUACCAGAGGCCAACUCAGAGACUCCCAGGGAAAGCGCAAAUCUGAGAAACCCACAGGAGCCCUCUGAAUAACGAGUAUACACCAAACUGAAUAGCACAUUUUGGAAAAUCCUCCUAGCCUCAGAGUCCUCUUGAUGGAAGAACUGUUUGAAAAAUGUUACAAAGCAGCAGUCAGUUGACAUGCAGAAUUACCAAGAGAAACAGAUGAUAGAAAUCCAAAAGGGAAUUUUCCUUAAAAAGGACAUUCCAAGACCACAAAACACUUGUAAAGCACAUUGACUUGCCUGCUUUAAGAUACCAAA